CAACUAAUUAGGAACAGUGAUUAUGAUUGACUAGCACCUUGUUUCCAACCAAUCAGUGACAGAGAAGAAUGAGACUGGAUGUACAUAACAUUUAUUAAGAACCUUCCCCAGCUGAGGUGAUAUCAUUCCGUAUGUUUUGAGUGGAAUUGUAGUGGUUGAUCUGGUGUCACGGUUUUACCGCAGUAUCUGUCCCCUGCCAUGGCUCUCAUAAGGGUACUGCGAUUGUCUGUCCUACUUGUUGGCUGUCAAGUAAUUGCUUCCAGGAAUGGGUUGGCUGGGAAGCUUGGAUAUGCACAAGGGCUGGUCCAAACCCCCAUAUAUCAGCCCUAUGAAGAGCAGACUGGAUCCGCUCCCCAGCAGAAACCAUGGAUGCCCAACCAAAAGCAAACCCUCAUGACGGCACAGACACAAAAGAGCUCAUUGCCCAACCAGCAGCAGCCUCAUGGCUACCAGCACCAGCAGCAGCCUCGUAGCUACCAGCAGCAGCAGCCUCGUAGCUACCAGCAGCAGCAGCCUCGUAGCUACCAGCACCAGCAGCAGCCUCAUGGCUACCAGCAGCAGCAGCCUCGUAGCUACCAGCACCAGCCGCAGCCUCGUGGCUACAACCACCACCAGCAGCAGCAGCCUCGUGGCUACAACCACCACCAGCAGCAGCAGCCUCGUGGCUACCGCCAGCAGCCUCGUGACAACCAGCAGCCUCGUGGCUACCAGCAGCCUCGUGGCUACCAGCAGCCUCGUGGCUACCAGCAGCAGGAGGAGCCUAGCAACUAUCUCUUGGAGCAGCGUCUACACCCGCAGCUAGUUGAAAAGCAUCCUAGCAUUGUGCCCAAGCUUUGUACUGUGAUUGAGAAUAUAGCUAGCUGGCUGCAAGGUCCCAGCUGUGUCCAAAAAAAAAAGCCACUACUCAGUGAUGUGCUAGGGCAACAUCAACUGCGCCUAGAUCUGCAGAAAAUUCUGCACACGUUCCCAAGUUGGCUGCAUUCCUCGGGCUCCAUUCCCGAGCAGAAGCCACACAUUGCCCCCAAGUAUGAAGAACCGGAGAAACCUAUGCAGCAGCAGCAUCCAUCUAUGUAGCACCCUAUGCAAAUGCACCCUAUGCAGAUGCAGCAGCCAUAUAUGCACU